AUGGAACACAGUGUUGAAAUGCAAUCCGGACCGGGUAAGGCCGGAACCCAGCCGACCAAAGACCAAAAGGAAACGGAAGUCCGAGUUCCCGCCAAAAUUGACCUCAAGUCGGUUUUGGCGGGCUUUUCGUCGGCAAAGUCGAAGGCGGCGACAAUCUCAACGACAACCGCUCUCAAUGAUGUCACAUCGUCCUCGGCUUCUAAUGGCGCGGAGGACAAAAAGGAAAGUCAGAAUGCUGAUAGCGAGCCCAAAACGGAAGGACAGGAAGAACCGUUUGUCAUGACACCCGCAUACGAGCGCCUCGCUCGCCUGCUUGCCCGUAAGCGUGAAAACGCGACCGCUGCUGCUGCUACUUCAGCCAUGGCCUCAGGAUCCGGGGAAGGUGCUGGCGAAGCGGACGGCGAGGCGCUACCCCAACAGUCCCACUGGUCGAAGCUGCGAACCACGGUCCAGAUAGCCAGUGUGGUGAAGCAACGUUCGAAACGUCGGUACAACCACCACAGGCAAGAUUCGUUCUUGCGAAAAUUUUCCACGCGGCAUAACAGCAAUCUAGAUCCCGACUCGGACAGCGAGGACAACGAGGCGGUCACACAAGAAAUGGAAAAAGAGGUAGAGCAGAAACGUCUCUACCGUUACGUGAUAAGCCCCGAGGGUACGUUCAUGAUGUACUGGCUUCUGAUACUUACCCUCGCCGUACUAUACAACCUAUGGACAUGUAUAGCGCGCGAGGCGUUUCGGGAAAUCCAGCUGGAAUAUACAAGCUUCUGGAUAUCUUUUGACGUGAUUUGUGACCUCAUCUACCUGGGCGACAUUGCAGUGCAAUUCCGCACUGGUUACUUAGAGCAAGGCCUUCUGGUCUACGACUCGAAGAAACUCUCCAACAAUUACAUAACGUCUCCCGAUUUCAAGUUAGACGUCACAUGCCUCUUACCGCUCGAUUUGAUUCAAUUGACCAUCGGGUGGCAUCCAAUUCUUCGUUUCCCGCGUUUUCUAAAAAUCUACCGGACAUUCAGGUGCGUGCAUAUGCUAGAAUCAAGGACUCCGUACCCGAAUUUAUUCCGGGUAGCUAAUCUGACACAUAUCCUCUUCCUCGGGGCACACUGGUUUGCCGCCUUCUUUUACUUGAUCUCCGAAGCAGAGAACUUUGCCGGGGCAUGGACUUACCCAAAACCCGUCGGUGAGUUCGCCGGGGUUACGCGGAAGUACCUUUAUUCUCUUUUUUGGUCAACACUGACAUUAACCACAAUUGGGGAUUUACCACAACCUACCACAAACUGGGAGUAA